AUGGGCAAGAAGUGCGAAGUCUGCAAAAAGAAAUGUUCGGGUGAUGUACUGAAAGCAAAUGACAAGUACUUCCAUAUUCAGUGCUUCCAAUGUAAACAAUGUUCGAGACCUCUUGGCGAGUCGGGGUUCUAUACUGCUUCUGAUGGUUCGUAUCUCUGCCCUGAAGACUAUCGAGCUCUCGGUCGUGGAACCACGCGUCAGCCGGCGGUAUCUAAAACACCAGAUGUUGAUUCGAGACCGGCGGCAGUUAAUGGCGAACAAACCAUUAACAACGUCAAAGAUUCCGAGCAACUCUCACCAUUAGGAUCGCCAUCUGCAGACUGUGCGGCAUGCGACCAGCCGCUCCAUUCUGGUCAAGUCCUCCUUGCACUUGGACUGUCAUGGCACGUGUACUGCUUCAAGUGCAGCGAAUGCGGUGCAGUUUUACACGGAGAGUACAUGUCACAUGAUGGAAAACCGCUCUGCCUUCGAGACUAUAAUGAGCGACAUGGUGUGAAAUGCUAUGAAUGUCAUAAAUUCAUUGCAGGAAAAGUCUUGCAGGCCGGCGGCUACAAGUUCCAUCCCACAUGUGCAAGGUGUUCCCGGUGUGGGUUGCAUUUCGGAGACGGUGAGGAAAUGUAUAUGCAAGGCGACGAAAUCUGGCAUCCGUCUUGUGAGCAUUCUCGAACCACGGAGAACAUUGCGCCCACGGCAAAGAGUGCAUCAUUAUCUUCUCGGAAUGAGCCAAAGUAUCAGUCAGCUUUUGGGCAACAUCUUACAUACAUGUAUUUGCUACCAGAAGCUGAGCAGACUUAUCUACGUCAUCCUAUAACAAAUCCAAAGGAACCAAACGCACCGCAAUUCCACGUACCUCUAGGUCCAAUUAAGAUUCGUAAAUCUCGUCUUUCUAUGCUCAAAACGGGAAUGCAGCGUUUAACGGAGGAUCUCGAAAAGAAUGUGCCUCGUCCGAAGUCGCCACACAUGGACAACGAGGAGCCGAUUGAAAUGGCGCAUUAUCCUGCCGGUCAUGCCCCAGAUCCUGAUAAGCUUCCAGCCAUUGAACGAGACGAUUUUCCAGCUCCUCCUUAUCCGUAUGCUGUGGAAGAACUGAAACGACGAUUGUCAACAUCUUCGAUAGAGAAUGAAAUUUCUGAUGAUGAGUUAUCCGAAAGCGAAAGGAUUGAUGAAGACAAGCUUAAGAAGACUGUUGAACAAUUGGAAAAGUUCGAUGACUCGUCGAUUGCGCAUGUUAUCAAGCAAAAUAUAGAAGAAAGCCAUAAGAAGCAAAGACUUCCACUUCAUUGGGAUCCUCGUAAUGCUAGUCGUACACCAUCAGCCAAAAAGAUGCCACAUUUGCGUUUCCGUUAUGAUGUUCCAAUCAAUGCGUCACCUUCUCGUCAUCUUAAUCGUCCACGACCAUGGGUUGCCUGGCAAGGUGGUGAACGCGCUCAAGGAAAUACACUGCCAUGCUUCCAUGUACCAGAAAGCAGAGGCAGCACUAUGCGAGCAGCAACUCUUCCGACCGGGUACAACUACGGGACACUUUCUAUGGAAAAUUUAGACACUACUAUCAGCAGUCAAUACUCAGACCAUUCUCUGGCUGGCACAAUGGGAGGUAUGCGAACUGUUGGAGAAAUGCGCCACACUUUGCGCUCUUCACUUCCUGAUAUGAGUAAACCGGCAAAAAUUUACGAUCUGGCUGAUCUUCAGACAACGAACAAAAAGUUGCCUGAGGAUGUCGAUAGGCAGCAUUUGGAGCGACAUUUAGCUCGCGAUGAGUUUGAGAGGCUGUUCGGCAUGAGCCCGAUCGAGUUUUAUAAACUGCCUGAGUGGAAGCGUAUCAACCUGAAGCGCAAGCACAAGCUGUUC